AUGAAGGCCUUCUCCAUCAUCCUGGCGGUCAUGUCCGCGUUCCUCGUUGCGGCGACCACUGCACGGGUGAGCCGUAGGCAGUCUGGAGGCUGCGAUUGCGCCGGGACUUCCUACUCGAGCCAGGACAUCUCCGAAGCCAUUGAGGAGGCUGAGGAUGGCGGUGCCAGCGACUACCCGCACCAAUACCAUGAUUACGAGGGCUUCUCUUUCCCUUCGUGCUCCGGAAAGUUCUUCGAAUACCCACUGGAACAGGACAAUGUGUACACUGGGGGAAGCCCUGGCGCUGACCGUGUAAUCUACGACGAGGACAGCAACUUUUGCGCUUGCUUGACUCACACUGGGGCCUCGAACGAUGACUUCCUUGAGUGCGAUUUUUAG